AUGAUGGUGCCUAGAGCCUUCAUGUUCUCUUCGGCACGUGUCCAGAAAGAUCCGACCCAGAACGAAAAAAAAUCUAUAACAGCCAGAUCCGGAACAUCAAGACAUACACCAAGUCGACCUCUUCCUACCCCCGUCGUAGCUCCCACCGUGUCUCACACGGUUCCGACUAUAGUUUCCCACACGAGUCCCGUCAUCAUCCCACCGAAAGCGAGCAAAGAACGAAAUAACACCAGCCUUUAUGGAGACAAUAGAAAUGUCCGGACGGUGCGCAGAGAUUCUGCGUCCUCACGACGAUCAUCCUCUACUCAGACUCAAGACCGCAACCUACCACCGUCGUUGAGCACGCUCCUCGAGACAACAUCCAUCCCUCGUCGGAGCAGAAGCAUAAGAGGCGCGCGCAAACUGCCUCGUGGAAAUCAUGUUGAAGAUUUUAGUCGAUUACUUAUGGAUGGAGUCAAAACGCGGGACGAGUUUGCCAACAUCAUCGGUGCAUUCAGUUCGCCACUAGACAUUCUACUGAGCCCCCCAGACGAGCAUUUUGGGAGCAUCCCGGUGUCUGAGAGCAACAGCAAUGCUGAAAUUGAAUCACCUCAAUUCAGGCGUACUAUCUCAACAGACUCUAUGCCCUCGUUGGACCACGAUUUGAAUUCAUUCAUUACAUCCGGCCCUAAUACUCCAUAUUCGACUUCGCCUUCGCUUCAAAGACGGGCAUUCGAGAGACGGAAGCAACUGUCUCCUCCACAGGAAUGUGCGACCGAUCAUCCACUUCUCGACAUUGAUAUCAAUACGUUCGAUCCGUCUUAUUUAAUGCAAGAAAGUACACCUGCUGUUACAUCUCCAGAGAAUCGUUCGUUACGGAGCUUUCCGCGCCUUGGAUUCACCUUUAAAUCCAAUCUCACGGCUUCUCUUAGAGCAAUCAAGUCUGCAGCGCAGACCGUGUCAAAUUUCGCAACACCAUCAGUCCGACCGGAUGAUUUCCUGACACGCUCUCUUUUUUCGAUCACUCCCGAACUGACAGAUGAUCGGCGCCCACUUCCAUUAAGUGGACCGCCUUCGCCUGCUCUUCGACGCUAUCUCAACCCGAUCACGUUGUCUCCUGCUGAGAUGCACGUCUACAGUGACCAUCCUCAUGAUAUGCUUCCAGGGAUCAACAGCUGUCCGGUUUCUAUCCAGAUGCAAACAUACAGCCAAUCUGGAUCAGUGGACAAUAAGAGCACGAAUCACCCCGAGCUCCCUUCUUCCCGGCAGCGAGAACCACGAGAAAACAGCGACUUUCUCCGGAUGGUGGUACUGGAAAUGAACAUGCGUCGCAGUGGGAAACUACGCGAUGACGUCCCCACUCGCGCUAGAAUAUGGCUUCCACCCCGCAAGGCCGUGCGACUGAUUUCGGGAGACUACGAGGAAGGUCCGGCCGUUCCUCAACGGUGGAUUGGAAUCUCGAUCGAGUGCAUCGAGACUUAG